AUGAUGAAAAAGCUACUAGUAUUUGGAGCCAGAUUAUAUGGGCAUGGGCGUGGGCGUAGGAUGAUGAGCACGAGCACUAAUCUAAAUCCAUGGCUGAUGCUGCCGCCCACAUUCGACAGAAGGCGCGGUGGCAUGGUGUACAACUUCUACAGCCUGGCCGACGAGGAGGUUGUGCUGAUCAACAAGUACGGCCCGGGACCGGAGCCUCCCGAGAUCCCGGACGACAACGCCCGGGUGGUGGGGUCAUCCCACGGGUGGCUAGCAUUGAUGAAUAACCGCAACAACGAGCUGUUCCUCUCCAACCCCAUCACCCGCCGCCACAUCAGGCUCCCCCCAAUCCAGUCCCUUCCUGACCCCGUGCUCAACCUCGACCACGUCAGCGGCAAAGCCAGGGUGUCGAAGCUAAUCCUGUCUGCAGCCCCCCCCGGCUCGGAGGAGUGCCGUGCCAUGGUGUCGUACGGGCAGGACGACCGGCUGGCCUUCUGCUGCCCGGGGCACAGCCAGGAGUGGGUCCCCAUAGGGAAGCCAUACAUGGAUCGAGAGAACAAGACUUUCAACGUGGUCUAUCCCAAGUCCUACGAAGACUUUGUGUAUUCUAGCAAGAGCAAUGUGUUUAGUUGCUUGACCAAAUCGUGGCUCCACGCAACGGGGCUGGAGGAAUGGGACCUGACGGACAUGGAUUCUCCCAAAUUAGCUUGGAUUCAGACACACACCGAUAGUCCGUCUGGGCCGAUUGAUGAUGAGCUCUUGAGUAAGGAGCACCUGGCGUUGGCGUAUGUGGAGCAGACGGAUGAGCUGUUCCUCGUGUCACGUUUUAUCCACAAACGCCAACACAAAACUGAGUUUUUCAGUACAUAUGACAUUAUAAAGGAGGAUGGAUGGUUUCGGUCACGAUCUUCAUUUUCAUCUCAUCUCGCCUUGUUUCUUGGAACCAACCACUCCUUUGCCAUCUCCCAUUUAAACCCCAAUUCUAUAUACUUCACCAACCAUAAACGCCAUCAUCAUCAUCAUCAUCAUCAACCAGAUGUCGGAAUCUACGACUGCGCCAACGAAAUUCUCUCCAAUUGCUACUAUCCCUGGCAUCAAACCAAUACCCAUACUAAUAUUGUACCCACACCCGUUUGGUUUACUCCAACACUUGCUUGA